UUUGUCUCAAACUGAUGAUGCUAACCUAUACCCCAGAGCAAGAGAGAUCCCCUCGCCUUCAUUCAACAAAGAUGUCUCCGCCUCCAAGGCCUCGGCCCUCUUCCAAAAACAGCCCAAGAAAAAGUCACAAGACAUGGAUGAAUCCUUCAUUGGCAUGUCCGGUGGCCAAAUCGUGCAUGAGAUGCUCCUCAGGCACAACGUCAAGCAUGUCUUUGGUUAUCCAGGCGGUGCCAUUCUACCCGUGUUUGAUGCCAUCUUCAAUUCUCCAAACUUUGAGUUCAUUCUACCGCGCCAUGAGCAAGGUGCUGGUCAUAUGGCAGAAGGGUAUGCGCGCGCGAGUGGGAAACCAGGUGUCGUGAUUGUGACUUCAGGACCAGGUGCAACGAAUAUUGUGACUCCCAUGCAGGAUGCGCUCAUGGAUGGUACACCGCUUGUUGUAUUUUCUGGACAGGUGCCGACAUCAGCUAUUGGCACAGAUGCCUUCCAAGAGGCAGAUGUCAUUGGUAUCACACGACCAUGCUCAAAAUGGAAUGUUCUCGUGAAGGAUGUCGCUGAGUUGCCGAGACGCAUCAAUGAGGCGUUCGAAAUUGCAACAAGUGGUCGACCGGGUCCCGUCCUGGUGGAUCUACCCAAGGAUGUGACGGCAGGCAUCUUGCGACGCGCCAUACCAACCUCUUCCUCCAUCCCAAAACCACCCACCAACCAAACAAGCAUCGGUACAAUUGGCCGGGCGAAUCAAGCAAAUCUCCAAGCAACCAUUGGUCGUGUGGCACGUCUCAUCAAUAUGGUCAAAAAGCCAAUCUUGUAUGUUGGCCAAGGUAUCCUCGCCAAGGAGGAAGGCCCUGUCCUGCUCCGUGAACUCGCGGACAAAUGCCAGAUUCCAGUGACGACAACCUUGCAAGCUCUUGGCGCCUAUGACGAACUCGAUAGCAAAGCACUGUACAUGCUUGGUAUGCACGGCUCUGCAUUUGCGAAUCUCGCCAUGCAAGAUGCAGAUCUCAUCUUGGCACUCGGUGCACGAUUCGAUGAUCGAGUGACGGGCAAUUUGAGUAAAUUCGCACCAAUGGCCAAGUUGGCUGCAAAGGAAGGGCGUGGUGGUAUUGUGCAUUUUGAUAUCAUGCCCAAAAACAUCAACAAGGUUGUGCAAGCGGAUGAAGCUGUAGAGGGCGAUGUUACUGAUAAUCUCGCCACACUUUUGCCAUUGCUCGAUACCGUCACUGAAACGGAUCGCAAAGUAUGGUUCGACCAGAUCAAUGACUGGAAACACCGCAUACCCUUUGCGUAUGAUGCAGCAGAGUCACAUGAAGUACCAAAACCGCAGACUGUCGUGGAGGAGCUCUCCAACCAAACUGCUCACUGUAAGGAGAAAGUCAUCAUUUGCACAGGUGUCGGCCAGCAUCAAAUGACUGCUGCACAGUACUUCCGUUGGCGUACACCACGCACCAUGAUCACAUCCGGUGGUCUUGGUACUAUGGGCUACGGUGUUCCUGCCGUGAUUGGCGCCAAGGUCGCAAAGCCAGACCACAUCUGUGUGGAUAUUGAUGGUGAUGCUUCGUUCAGUAUGACAGCCAUGGAGAUGCAAACGGCCAGUCAGUAUAACAUUGGAGCUAAAUGGCUCAUCCUCAAUAACGAGGAGCAAGGUAUGGUGACACAAUGGCAGACUCUCUUCUACAACAAACGGUAUGCCCAUACCGAGCAAAAGAACCCCGACUUCGUCAAGUUGGCCGAAUCGAUGGGUGUCAAGGGUAUCAAGUGUAGCACUGUGUCCGAGCUGCCUGCAAAGAUGGCUGAGUUCUUGGCGCAUGACGGACCUGUCUUGCUCGAGGCCAUGGUCACGCCCAAGGAGCACUGCUACCCAAUGGUGCCUGCCGGUGCUGGUCUGCAGGACAUGACCCUCUUCAAAUCAAAGAAGGAGGUCCAAAACCAGACUGCUGCAUAAAGGCAAAUACAUCCAAAAGCACAUCUUCGGCCCUUUCUUUUCCUUCCUUCUAGCCUGUUUUGUCGAUAGGGGCACUCCAUCUUUUUGAUCUUUUUGUAAUUGAAAAUGCAAGCCAACCUCAUCUGUUCCCCGCAC